UUACGUAAACACCGCAUGCUGUUGUUUUGAUCCUUGCUGUGCGGCCAAAAGUGGGAGUUUUUGGCCCUGAAACAGUGAAUAAUUUGCAUUUUAAUCCCUGAACAUGGUGUUCACGUCGAUUAUUAACUUCGUCCGGGCACGGGGACCCGACGAGUUCUGGAGGAAGCGUAAAAUCUUCAAACUAAGUGCACAUUACAUCGGACGACGAAGAAACUGCUACUCGAUAGCGAUCCGUAACGUGAAUCGAGCGCUGGUGUACGCUACCAAAAGCCGCGAUCUGAAAAAGCAGGACAUGCGCGACCUGUGGACGACCCGCGUGAAUGCCGGCUGCGAACAGCACGGAAUGCAAUUCGAGGCCUUCCAGUACGGUCUCUAUCGGAACGAUAUCCUGCUCAACCGCAAGGUAUUGGCCGAUCUGGCCAUUUGGGAACCGAGAACCUUUGAGGCGCUAGCCCAAAUCAGUCAGCAAGUUCCAGAGGAAGAAUCCGGUGAUAAGUGAAGCAGAAGGCAGAUGGCUGAGGAUUGUAGUUAAAGUAAUAAAAAUUAUGUAAAGAACGGAAAA